ACAAGGCUGCACUUAGAAGCGAGGAACCAAGUUUCUUCUGUUACUUUCAUGAAGAUGAGUUCGAUUAGUUUGGUGGACCCUUCCCCCAAUACAACCUACUACAAUGAGGAUUAUAACUACAGCGAUAUUGACCUCAUUCCCUACCUUUUCUGUGGAAAGGAGGAAGUGAAAGCCUUUGGGAAGAUCUUCCUCCCUGUGCUAUAUAUUACAGUGUUUGUUUUUGGAAUGUUAGGCAAUAGCUUCCUUGUCCUCAUGAUCGUUAAGUAUCUGAAAUUGAAAACGAUGACUGACAUCUACCUACUGAAUUUGGCCAUUUCUGACUUUUUAUUUGCUGUAUCCCUUCCCUUUUGGGCCACUUAUGUGACCUCAGAGUGGAUCUUUGGAAAUGCCAUGUGUAAAAUAAUAAGUGCAGUCUACACCAUGAAUUUCUACAGUGGUAUCUUCUUCAUUGCUUGCAUGAGUAUGGACAUGUAUCUGCAAAUUGUUCACACAGUCUCUAUGAAGAACUACAGGACAAUCUUCAAAAGCAUCAUCAUCAGUGCCGCUGUCUGGACCCUAGCAAUGUUGGUUACAAUCCCUGAAUUCAUCUUCAGCCAGUCCAGGAAAGUCGGUGAUAGGUACAGCUGCCUCAGCAACUAUGGUAGUGAUCAACUAGUGCUCUGGAAGACUACAAUCCAACUCCAGAUCAACAUCAUUGCAUUUAUCAUUCCAUUUUUUGCCAUGAUUUUCUUUUAUACACGGAUUGCAUCUGUCCUCCUCAAGUCCAGAUCCUUUGGCAAGGACAAAGCCUUAAAACUGGUCAUCAUGUUAGUCGCUGUUUUCUUUGUUUUGUGGUUCCCUUACAACAUUGUCCUUUUCUUGCAUUCCCUGGAGGAUCUGGGUGUGAUUGGCGGCUGUGAGAUGAGCAAAAGACUGGAUUAUGCGUUGCAAGUGACGGAGUCCAUUGCUUUCACCCACUGCUGCUUCAACCCACUCCUCUAUGCUUUUGUGAAUGAAAGAUUUAGAAGACACCUGAAGAAUAUUCUAAUGAAGAUAGUCAAGAAGACUGGCUGUUAUAAGGAUCUGGGGAUCAUCGUUGCUACUGCACCAGAGCAAAGUGAACUCAGCAAGCAGCAAAACUGUGUGUGUUCUGAUGUGGAAAUGACUAUGGUGUAGGAAGGAUGUAGAGACACAAUGCUGAGAAGUCAAUCUUCCUAUUCUACAAAUAUUGUUGAAUUGAAUCUUCAUCAUCCAAAAAUACUUUAACAUGCCAUUGUGUACAGGGCGCUUGUGAACUAACCAAACCAAACACCUUCUGAAGCAUAAUAUCUUGCAGCAAAUCAAAGGACAUCUUCUAGAGGUUUUGCCAAACAUCCAUCUCUGAAGCAACAACAUCAUUCAGGAUGAUGUUGCAUGCAUAUUUGAUACGUGUCCUCUACUCUCAUCACGUUAUUCUUUCCCACUCAGGUUUUCCUCACAUGACCCCUAUUGAACCAUUCGAGAAGGUUACUGGAGAAAGCAGGAGAAUGGGGAUAAAAGGGAUAAUAAGUAAGCGUGAAGAAAUGGCGACGCAGACUCAGUUGGCUGAAUGGCCUAAUUCUGCUCCUAUAACUUAAAGUCUUAUGAACCAUUGAAUCAUUAAAUUCUUAUGGCACAGAAGGAGAUCAAUUAGCCCACUGGGUCUACAUUGACACCAAGUAGAUUUAUCCCAGCAUUUUAUUCAUGCCCACUUUCCCCAUAGUCCAGCAACUGUUCUUCCUCACAUGCCUAUCUGAUUUUCCUUUGAUUGUUCGGAUUGACUGUUUACACCACUCUUGGGGCAGAGAGUUCCAGAUCGUAACUACUUGCAUACAGAGGAAGCCUUGUCUCCUGAUCCUGAGUUAACUUUUGUUUCAUCCCAUCUUCCCUCUUUCAAUUGGAUUUGAUGGACAGGCUGCAAGAAUAGGGAAGAAGAUCAUAGAAAAAAUAACAAGAGGACUGGUCAGAUAUAAUGCAGGUUUAUGAAAGGAAAAUCAUGUUUGAUAAAUCUGUGGGGAGUUUUGAGUGGUAAUUAGCAGAAUAGAUAAAGGGGAACCAAUGUAUGUGGUGUAUUAUGACUUUACAGAAGAGCUUCAAUAAGUCACAUCAUAUUAUAAAACAAAUUUAGAGCACAUGGCAUAGGCAGUAAUAUACUCAUAUGGACUGAGGAUUAAAUUACAAAAAGAAAACACAGAGUUGAAACAAGUAAGUCAUUUUCAACUCAAGAUGAUAUAAUCAAUAGGGUGCUACAAGGAUCAGAGCAGGGAUUGAUUUAUAUCAAUGAUUUGGAAAGAGAGGACCAAGUGUAAUAUAUCCAAAUUCCAAGAUGAUACAAGACUAUAGGGCAACGCAAAAAUAUGAGAAGUAUGCAAGGAUCCUUCAAAGGGAAAUACAGACAGGCUAACAGAAUGGGCGAAAGAUGGCAGAUGGAAUGUAACGGAGAAAAAGAUAGCAACACACAUAAAAGUUGCUGGUGAA